UCAGAAGUAUAAAGAACGGUAGACCUCAGCAGUCAAGAAUAUGGAAACAGAAAAAUCCCUUCAGCUCAAUGGACUUCACAAGACAGAAAAUAAAGUCAGACGACGAAAUUCCUUAGUCUCCAUGCAAACUUUUCUACAACAAAAUGCAUUUGUUAUUCUGACAGUAGCUGCCGUCUUUGCAGGAGUGAUACUUGGCUAUAUGUUGCGAUCCUGGUCUCCAAGACAUCAAGACAGUCAAGACAUGAUAUCAUUCCCUGGAGAGAUUCUCAUGAGGAUGUUGCAGAUGCUGGUGUUGCCUCUGAUAGUAUCAAGCCUUAUCACAGGAAUCUCCUCACUGGACAAUAAUGCAGGCAGGAUGGGAGUGCAGGCCCUCAUAUAUUACAUGCUGACCACCAUCAUAGCUGUCUUCACUGGCAUCAUUUUAGUGCUGACUCUCCAGCCAGGGAAAAGAGGCAGAGCAGGUCAGACGCCCCCUGGUGGUGGUGGAGGCUAUAAUAAGUCUCUGCAGGCCACAGACACAUUUCUGGAUCUCAUCAGAAAUAUGUUCCCAUCCAAUCUUCUGGAGGCUUGCUUCCAACAGUACAAAACUAGUUAUAAGACCACCAAUGGCUUGUUGGUGCCCACACCAGGCUCUAGCAGUGGGGUCAAUGCUCUGGGCCUGGUGGUGUUCUCCAUAGCCUUUGGCUCCGUGCUGGGCAGGAUGGGGGAGCAGGGCCGGCCACUGCGCAAGUUCUUCAACUGCCUGAAUGACGCCAUUAUGCAACUGGUGGGCAUUGUGAUCUGGUAUGCUCCUGUGGGCAUUUUGUUCCUGAUUGCUGGGAAGAUCCGUGAGAUGGAGGACCUGGGGCAGAUGGGCAGUCAGCUGCUGUGGUAUAUGCUUUGUGUGGUCCUCGGUCUCCUGAUCCACAGCCUGCUGCUGCUGCCUCUGCUCUACUUCCUGGUCACCUGGAAGAACCCUUACCUGUUCAUGGCAGGCCUGCUGCAGGCGCUGCUCACUGCCCUGGGCACGUCAUCCAGUUCUGCCUCUCUUCCAAUCACCUUUCGCUGCCUAGAGGAGAACAACGGGGUGGACAAGCGCGUGAGCCGCUUCAUGCUUCCUGUUGGGGCCACAGUGAACAUGGACGGCACAGCUCUGUAUGAGGCGGUGGCAGCCAUCUUCAUCGCUCAGGUGGCUGACAUAGAGCUCACCUUUGUGCAAGUCAUCACCAUAAGCAUUACUGCAACAGCAGCCAGUAUCGGUGCAGCAGGUAUACCCCAGGCUGGCCUUGUAACCAUGGUGAUAGUACUGACGUCAGUCGGUCUGCCCACAGAACUCAUCUCAGUGAUCAUUGCUGUUGAUUGGCUGCUGGACCGUCUGCGGACCGUGACCAAUGUGUUGGGUGAUUCCCUGGGUGUUGGCAUUGUGGCGCAUCUGUCUUAUAAGGAGCUGCAGAGCCGUGACAACGCCACUGCUGACCACCGGGACGCAGAGGGAGGCGGGAUGUCUGGCCCAUCUGAGACCAGAGCUACAGUGCACAGAGUUCACAGCAGAGAGGCUUCUUUGUAAGGACACAGACCUCUUAUGUACUGCUUAAGUAUGCAUUAAGGACAUUAUUUUAAGCAGCAACUGUUGUGUUUUCUGAAGUGUGAUGUGCUUUGUCAUUAGAAUUUGCAAAUGUUUUUUUUUUUUCUAACACUGAAGCAUUUCAUGUAAAUUGACAGAAAAUGUUCAUACUAAUUCCCUUCUUGUGUCUUUUAAGGUUUAUUCUGCUGCAAGAUUUUUUUAAUAUUGGUCAUUGUCUCAUUAUGUCACAAAUGUGUACAAGAAGUGUAAAUGUAUUGCAGGUUUUUUGAAUGUUGAUGUACAGCAUUUUCAGUGUAUUUGUAUGAUAUUGUGUUACACACACUCCUUUUGUCAUUUUACAAUUUAUUAAA